AUUUUCGGUGAUUUGAAUUAUAGAAAGAAGUGGAACGAUGAGCGAUGAUCAAGAGCGCAAAUUCUUCCAAGAACUCCGCGAUGAAGACUGCAUUUCGAGGUCCUUGCUCCACCUCUCCACCACCGCCCACCACCAAUCAACCACCGUCGUUCCGCCCUCUGAUUGCACCACCACAUGUAGCAAUCCCAUCAAAAGACACUCCAUUUUAUCGCCAUCAUCGUCGUCGCAACAACCAUCUUGCAGAAGGGCCACUCUCCAUCCCCCUUCUUCCCCCUCCACCACCGCCGCUGCCGCCGAUUACCGCCUCCUUGGCUUCACCAAACUCCCACUUCCACACCCUUUUCCUGCCGCUUCGCCGCCCCCUCUCCGCCGCACCAUUUCCGAGCCCAUAUACUCCACUGACACCUUCAAUUCUGCCGGCCCGCCACCGCAAUUUUCGGGAUUUCCCACUUCUCCAGGCCCAGUCUUGAACCAACCACUACAAGAAAGUUCCAACAGAAAUACUGUUCAAGAAUCAUAUACACUUCCAGAUACACUGCCAGUUAUCCACCGCACUGUUUCUGAUCCCAAUCUCAUCCGCAAUCAGCAGGUGGUAUCUGGCAGCGGAACGCCUCCGCUCCCACCUCUGUCAAGAAAUGUUUCGAGGUCUCCGAGUCGUGGAGAGAGCCCUAGUACCAAACAGAGGCUGAAAAGAAUGAGGGACCGGCUGAAAGAGAUGAGCCAGUGGUGGAAUCAAGUCGUGCGUGAAGGUGAAGAAGACGAAAAUGAGACCGAAAAUUAUAGCACUGACAACUUUACCAAUGUCCGAGAAGAAUCUGAGAAUGACAUGGAAAAUCCUCCACAGGAAGCUGUGUGGGUCGAGAAGAACGGCGAGUCCCUAAUCCUCCACUUCAAGUGCCCUUGUGGUAAUGAAUAUCAGAUUCUUCUUUUUAGGCAAAACUGCUACUACAAAUUGACAAAUUACAAAACCCACUGAAGUGAUCAAUUUCGAUGCAAGGACGCUACCUAUCAGUUCAUUCCAUGCAUUCAUCACUCAAGAGACUCUUAGUUGCAUGUGUAAAGUUGGUUCAUGGAUUGUGCCUCUGACAGACAAAAUAUUCCAAGACAAAGACAAUGGUUCUUCUGCUUUCCUGCUGUUUCACUUUUGGCUGAUGGGCAAAAUUAAAUAAAGGUAGCAUACUUAUAUAGUUUCUCCACUUCUUGUGGAUGAAAAAAUGAAGUUUUCAGUAAAGAGUUGUGAUGACUUUAAUUGUUUCUCGAUUGAUCAUAGUGUAAUUCAAGAUAACUUUUAC